GAAACUUUCGUUUUCGUGAAAAUGCGCGUGCGAUGGAAUUCCUACGGGAUCACCCUCCUCCGCGAGACCGACAUCAAGCGAAAAAUAGAACUCACCCAGAUCAGGCGCCAGAUCGAGAUUUUGUCAACUUUCAUGCCCGACGAAAUCCUGAACAUGCCUUUGAACGAACUAACCGAAACCCACAACUACGUGGGGGUGCUUUUGUUUGCCGACGUUUCUGGGUUCACUCCGCUUUGUGAAAAAUACAACAAAACGGGAAAGGGAGGGAUUUACCGACUCACGGCGACCCUGAACGCGUACAUUGGAGCUCUAGUGGAAGUCAUCACGUUCUACGGUGGCGAUAUCUUGAAGUUCUCGGGAGACGCGUUUUUGGCUUUGUGGAAGGCACCCCCUAAUCUGCGGCUCUUCGAAGUCAUCCAUCGGGUUAUAGUUUGCGCUUUGUUCAUCCAGCACACUUUGGGGUGCUUCGAUACCGAAGUGAACGUGUUGUUGAAGGUGAAGCUGGCGAUAGCCUGCGGGAACUUGACGUUUGCGGUGAUCGGGAACGAGAAUUAUAGGCACUACGUGAUCGUGGGACAGGCUAUCAACGACGUGAAGUCCGCGGAAAGGAUAAGCGUGUCUGGAGAUGUGGUGAUUGCGCCGAGCGCGUGGGGGCAUCUAGCUGAAGAUAAUUACGAGGUGACGUUCGGGCCUGAAGGACACGUCAAGGUUUGGAAUUGUAUCUACUUCCCGAAUCAGAGUGCUUGGAAGGAAUACUACGCUGAGAAAAGUCCGGUGGCGCAUUCUCUCUGCGUUAAACACCUAGAGCACAGAAACCAACUCCACGAGAAGCGACGAAUCGACGAUGCCACUACCGAUAGUAAAAUUACUGAAGCUUUUGUGGCUUCUCUUCCGCAGAGGACGAGUGUUACACAGGCUUCCACUCGUUGGAUUCCCAACGACUUGAACCCUUUCAUCGUACGACCGGUUCAAAGUCAAGUGGAAGAGAAGCAACCCAUCGAGUACCUCACCGAGAUGCGACAAGUCACCAUCCAGUUCAUCAACAUAGUCCCUACUACCUCUCAAGAAUCUAAAUUGAUCCCCAUGGUCAACAAAGCGUUUCAAACUGUCUGCAAAAUCGUAUCGAAAAUGCGCGGAGUCGUCAACAAAGUCUCCCUUUUCGACAAAGACUGCAUGAUUCUCGUACUCUUCGGUCUAAGAGGAAUCGAACACGAAGUCGAAAGUCAGAACGCCCUAAAGUCGGCGUUUGCUAUCCGCAAAUCUAUCAAGAAACUCACCACUGUCAAAUCCAUCUCCAUCGGUGUGACUAAUGGCUGGGUGUACUGUGGCGUCGUGGGACACCCUUUUCGCAGAGAGUAUACAGUAAUAGGAGGAUCGGUGAAUAAAGCCGCUCGUAUCAUGUGCGCUUACGAAGGCAAGGUUACUUGUGACCACGAAACUUACAAAGGCUGCAAAUUGUCGUCUCUGUAUUUUCAACUUCAGUCGGCUUUGACGCUUAAAGGGAUAUCGGCUGCUGGCCACAUCUUCGAGUACAACGAAGACUUUGAUAAAAUGGAGUACAAACAAGAUCAGUCUCUGCCUCUAAUCGGUCGCAGUAUGGAACUGGCAGUUGCCGAUUUGAUUCUCAACAAACCAGAAACGGCAGGUUGGUCGAGUAUUUGCUUCAAAGGCGAGUCGAAAGUCGGGAAGACGAAGCUACUACAAGCCAUUAACAACAAUCAAGUGAAACAAUUUCGAUAUGUUUGUUCCUUAGCAUUGAACGAAGCUCUGCAGAGGCCGUAUUACACCGUUUCUACUAUUUAUCAACAGUUGUAUGACAUUAAUAGCACGCGUCGUCCCCAACGACUGUACGACUUACCUCGACAUUUGUGGGACUUCACCGAACUGCUCCAAACGAGUAAAUCGAAUUUGUCGAUUGGUCCGGUCUUGAGCAACAGCAGCAAGGAGAACGUUCACCAGAAUUUUAUGACAAUGCUAGGGAAAGAUAAAGUACUGGUCUUUAUAGACAAUGUGCAGUUUAUGGACGGUAAAAGUUUUGAAAUUAUCGAAGAAGCUGUGUCGAACAAAAACAUACAAUUGGUGUGCGCCGGUUGUUUCGAAGACACCAAUACUUGGAAUACUAUGUGGAAGUUCAAUCUAAGCAAGCACAUUAAAGUUUUUAGUCUUAGUCCUUUACCACCCAGCGAAACGGGCUAUCUCAUCUGCACCUUCUUGAACGUCAAAGGCACAUCCAAGAAGUUGAUCGUUCUGAUCAAUAAAACCUGUGAAGGUCGCCCCGGUUGGGUUCAAGCAUGCCUACUUAAAAUGAUCAACAACGGAGAACUAGAAGUCAAAUACGCUUUGACGAGUGAGACCGAAUAUGUAUUUUUGCAAGAAUCGGAAGGAAAAGGCAUAGUCAUAGUAGCCGGAUUUUCGAAAAAAUACUUGGAACGUAGUGAAGAAACAUCGACUGCGGUUACUCUAGAUCUGUUCGAUUCUUUCUCGCCCUACCAGCAACUUAUUAUUAAAACGGCUGCAGUCGUGGGUGAAAUUAUCACAAGAACCGCGUUGAUAGUAUUACUCAAGUAUCCCAACGAGGGUAUGUUAGCGGCUGCCAUCAAAACUCUUUUCGAAGAAGAAGUUUUUGAUUGUGCGUCGAGGUACGUCAAUUCUGGCGGUCUCCAAGAAAAAAAGAACGUCUGCUUGUGCUACAUGGAAGACGACGAGAUCAACCCGGAGCUGGAAAUGCCAAGAUACGCCUUCUGUAAAGUGUUGCACUUCAAAAGCCGCAAUAUCAAGCUGCUGGCGUACGAGUUGUUGCCUAUGAAUCAAAAGAAGGAGCUGCACUUGAGGAUCACGGACUUACUGGAGAGUCAAAAUAACUCCUGUCCUUCUUGCUUGCGGGACAAUUCGGCGGCGAUAAUCUCAGUCAGACGAUUCAAAGAUUUUCUUCAAUCUUGUCACGAGCAGACUUACAUUUGGACCGAGAGAUACAACGAGAAGUACCGUUCUAUCGAAGAGUACAAACAACUAAUACGCACCUACAUUCACAAUCCUCCACUUGAUGAUUCAUCGGACGACCAUAAGAGCUAUACGGGUUUCGAUGUCCCGAAGAGGCGGAUUUGGGAUCCCACGACCUGUUUCUGUCUGGAAAUUUUGAUGAAAGUUUAUCGGGAUUUAAUCCAUCACAGUCAGUGCGGGCAGCACCUAGGGAAAAAGAUCUUCUUCAUGCUGGAGUAUUCUACAAUUUUGUACUUGAUGGGAGAGUUUGAGGAAGUGAUACCCAUUUUGCACGAAGCUAGCGAAGUCUGCAUGGUACAGACGAGCAAAGCGUAUAUUUUUACUGACAAUUUUAAGAUGUUGAUGAUGGGGAAGAUUCAUUGCAUGCUGGGUGAGACUUACUUGAAGUUGGGAAACACCGUAGCUGCUAAGAAUCAUGCUCUUCUGAGUCUGCGCCAGUACAACGUCCCUCUGAUUUCUUUCAAGUACACCUUACCGCACAAGCUGUUGAAUAAAGCUUGGUUCUUUCGGUUUAGAGACUCGUACGUCGUUACAAGGUCGAAUAAUCCUGCGUUAGAAAGGGACUUCGGGUUAUGUAUGGGUUUGAUUAGUAACAUAUACGCGAUUGAGGGUUGCUGGUCCCUUGCUAGAGACGCCAUCUUACGAAGUAUUGCUUGUUUGCGACGUUCCAACUCGAACAUAGCAGUUCUAUGUGACGUUUACACUAGUGCCGUCUACUUGUACAGUCAUUGUGGCGACCUGCACAUGUGCGAGAAACUCGAACGUUACUUCAACAGAGACAUCUUGAAGUACUAUUCAAACAACAUCACGGGAGUUCUAUACAUGGUGGCUUCCAUUCUCUCUGUGUUUUUUCUGGUGAAAAUACUCGCCGGAGGCAUCGGUGAGGCUCUUCAAGUCGGCUUCAGAAGCGUGGAUUUGCAACUGAGUCUUCAAGCCCACAUGUGCCUAGUCAAUGUCGUACCUACGCUAGCAACCGCACUCAUCUUUUUGAACCGAAUUGACGACGCCGUUUAUAUGGGUCGUAUUCUUCACAACAUUGGUAAAAAGUACCACGCUCAGGGUUACGCCGCCUACUACGCUUUUUGUAUCGAACUUAUUCUAGAAACGAACUUCUUCUUAGAACCCAUUGAGCGAAUCGAGGAAUUCGUUAUCCAUUUUCUUGAAACGAAUCGCCACCCUACGAGUUUCAUCAGUAAACUUUUGGUCAGUUUAUAUUGCUACUAUCUGAGAUACCUACCAUCAAGAGCAUCGGCGUUCAAGAAAAAUCUUUCACUCGAAGCAUACGAAAGUACACACAUUAUAAAUUUGCUCGCUACGGUGAGGUACGUCGAGUGCCUCGUUUUGGAACAAGCUCGCUUAAUCGAACAGAAAACGAUAAUAGAUCGGGACGACAUCGCUACCGCGUACAUGUUUUUUCUUAAACUGAAAGAUGCUCAAAAGAAGUGGAUUUUUUUUAAACCGAGAUAUCUGCAUUUGAAGGCGUACCACGCCAGACUUCAAGGUAAAUCGUCUGAAGCAGUGACGAUUUUAAAACAGGCGAACAAGGCGGCUACUGAACAGGGAAAUAUUUUGGAAGAGUGUUGGACAAUGUUGCACUCGACGUGUUGGUUCGGAGGGUACGUGUUCGACAAACGUCAAAUCAAACAUUUAGAUUGGACUUUAGCCAAGACUUACUCUCCGUUGCAGUUGUGCCAGGUUUUGUACGUGUUACCUACUUUCUAACAACUUUUUCUUAC